GAAGAUUUUAUCAAUGAGGCCUUAUUACUCUCAAGACUUCGUCAUCCAAAUAUUAUUUCUUUUUAUGGAGUUUCUUCAUCUCCAACCAAAAGAUACAUUGCCAUGGAGUCAUUGCAGUUAAAGCUUCCAUUCCGUACAAAAGUGAAAAUUAUUUCAGAUAUUUGCAGAGGUAUCAUGUAUCUUCACAAUUUACAACCAAAUUUUAUUGUUCACAGAGAUUUGAAACCUGCAAAUAUUUUA